UUCACAAGGCGAAUGUUUCGAUUCCAUUUUGGUUCGGUUUACAGUUACAGAAUUUGAUUUGGUUUGUUCCGGUUCGAACCGAUUCUGGUGAACCGAAUUCGAUAACUCCUAGUUUUAGUAGAGUGAGAUGAUGAUGAUUCAGGCGGUUGAGGAUUUACAACGAUCGAUCGAAGGAAGAAGACGAUGAAGAUCUUCCACGUUCCUUGUCUAGAAGACAAUUACUCUUAUCUGAUUAUCGAUGAGAGCACCGGAGACGCGGCGGUUGUGGAUCCAGUUGAUCCGGAGAAGGUGAUCGCAUCAGCUGAGGAGCACCAGGUUAAGAUCAAGUUUGUACUCACCACGCAUCAUCACUGGGAUCAUGCUGGUGGAAACGAGAAGAUAAAGCUGUUGGUGCCUGGGAUCAAAGUAUAUGGAGGUUCUCUGGAUAAGGUGAAGGGAUGUACUGAUGCGGUUGAUGAUGGUGACAAGUUGUCUUUGGGUCAGGAUGUCAACAUUUUGGCUCUCCACACCUCUUGCCACACCAAGGGUCACAUUAGUUAUUAUGUGACUUGUAAAGAAGGAGAAAACCCUGCUGUAUUCACCGGAGAUACACUUUUUGUUGCUGGAUGUGGGAAGUUUUUUGAAGGGACAGCUGAACAGAUGCACCAGUCGUUGUGUGUGACCCUGGCUGCAUUACCUAAACCAACACAGGUUUACUGCGGCCAUGAGUACACCGUCAAGAACUUGGAAUUUGCUUUAACUGUGGAACCAAACAACGAGAAGAUACAGCAGAAGUUAUCAUGGGCCCGUCAACAGCGCCAAGAAAAUCUUCCCACAAUCCCUUCAACACUAGAGGAAGAGCUCAAAACAAAUCCAUUUAUGCGCGUCGAUAAGCCAGAGAUACAGGAGAAACUUGGUUGCAAGUCGCCAAUUGAUACACUCAGGGAAAUCCGGAACAAGAAAGAUCAGUGGAAGGGAUGAUAAAUGCAGAGUUCUUUCUUACCUAUAUGCUUUUUGUAUGUUGUGUGGUCAGUGAUCCUGUAAAAAGGUUGUAUGAACCGGUGAUGUUUUUAUUCUGUGUGAGACUGUAAACCGGUUUGGUAAACCAAAAUCAUACCGACCUGUAAGCCUUGCUUGCACCCUUUUGAGUUUUGAGUUCUCCGUUUAUUGUGGAUAAUUUACUGUCUUCACCA